AUGAAGCUCCACUCUUCAGCCCUUCUUGCAGCCCUCUUGGGUUCUGCCUCUGCAUUGUCUAGCAACGCAAACAAGGGUCUUCUCUCAAAUGGCGAGGUUACCCUGAGUGACGAGUGGCAAGCCGCCUACGAGAAAGCUACCAAAUUCGUCUCUAAACUGAACACCACCGAGAAAAUCAACCUCAUCACCGGAAGCAGCGUUAACACCACAGAUGGAAGUCAGUCCUUUACCGCACUCAAAUUCUUGGAUGGUUCCAUGGGUCUCCAGGACUAUUACUAUGUAUCGGCCUUCAGCCAGGCAUCUGCAUUGGCUAUGACCUGGGAUAAGGAUGCCAUCUAUGCCCAGUCAAAGGCCAUUGCUACUGAGUUCUAUCUCAAAGGAAUCCAAGUUCUUGAUGGACCAACUUCGCAACCGCUUGGUCGCACUCCAUGGGGUGGUCGACUUGUUGAAACCUUUGGACCGGACCCCUACUUAAACGGGAUUGCAACAGGCUUGGGUGCAAAGGCAUACAAGGAUACUGGUGUCAUUGGUGGAAUCAAGCAUUUCAUUCUGAACGAGCAGGAGACCAACCGUACUGGAAGUAUGGGAGGAGGAGGAGGUGGUGGUGCUGCUGCCCCUGGUAUGGGCUCCUCCUCGAGCUCUGCAGCAGCUCAGCCUUCAUCUUCUUCCGGUGCAUCGAGCAUAGGAGGGAUGUCAUCUUCCUCCUCUUCAUCGUCUUCCUCAUCCUCGGGAGCCCCCUACUCUUCCAAUGUCGAUUCGAAGACUCUUCAUGAGACUUAUCUCUGGUCUUUCUACGAUGCCGUCCACUCCGGCGCUGGUGGUGUCAUGUGUGCUAUGACAAAGGUUAACAACACACUUUCAUGCGAAUCCUCUUCGCUCUUGAUGGAUCUUCUCAAGACUGAGCUUGGUUUCCCAGGCUUCGUCUUCCCCGAUACCAAUGGCCAGCAGCACGCUCUGUUAUCGGCAAACAACGGUCUGGACUAUGGUUCUUCCAGUCUUUGGAGCACAUUGACAAUUGAGGGUUAUCUCAAGAAGCACAACAUGACUGAAGCCCGUUUGAAUGAUAUGGCGGUUCGCAACCUCAUUGGGUACUACUAUGUCAAUCUGGAUAAUGGCACCAUGCCUGUGACCGCCGAGGAGGAUGCCUACGUUGACGUUCGAGGUAACCAUGCUAAGCUGAUUCGUUCUAAUGGCGCUAAGUCUCUGGCUCUCCUUAAGAACAUGGAAAAUGCUCUGCCUCUCAAGAAGCCCCACACAAUGGCUAUCUUUGGUUCCAAUGCCCGCGCUGUCAUCGCUGGCCCUAACCAGGAAUUCAGUGUUCAGGGAUCCGGCCCUACUUAUGAUGGCCAUCUUGCUACUGAUUCUGGAUCUGGACAGGGAUCGCUGCCCUAUCUCAUCACUCCUGAGAUUGCCUUGACAAUCAAGGCGAGUCAGGACGGAACUAUGCUCCGUUGGGUUGCGAAUGAUACCUACUCUGCUUCCACUGGCUCUAGUCUUGUUGUAAAGGGAUCUGAUACCACUUCCGUCUCACCGUCUAUCAGCAACUAUGCCGAGAACAUGGAUGUCUGCCUUGUCUUUAUCAACGCACUUGCAGGUGAAGGUGCUGACCGAACUGAAUUGUACAAUGAUGACCAGGACGCUUUGGUCAACGAAGUUGCCGACAACUGCGCGAAUACCGUGGUGGUUAUCAACACAGUCGGUGCUCGUCUUGUCGACCAAUGGAUUGAGCAUGGCAAUGUGACUGCCCUUGUGUAUGGCAGUUUGUUAGGCCAGGAGUCUGGAAACUCGAUCAUUGACGUUCUCUACGGCGACGUCAACCCCAGCGGAAGAUUGAUCUACACGAUUGCCAAGAAUGAGUCUGAUUAUAACGUCGGAAUCUGUGAGACGCACAACUGCAACUUUACCGAGGGCAAUUUCAUCGACUACCGCUACUUUGAUGCGUACAAUGUCACUCCGCGCUACGAGUUUGGAUACGGUCUUUCCUACACCAACUUCACCUACACCGAUCUCAAGAUUGAUUCGCCCAAGUCACUUCAGAUUUCUAAAUAUCCUACCGGCAAGCUCUCCGUCGGCGGCUACGAGGAUCUGUGGAAUGUGGUUUCUAAGAUCAGCGCCACCGUCCACAACACUGGAUCCGUUGACGGUGCGGAUGUCCCUCAGCUGUAUAUCAGCUACCCCAAGGCUGCCCAGCAGCCUCUGCGCCAGUUGCGUGGGUUUGAGAACGUGGACAUCAAAUCCGGACACAAGGCCGAUGUAGAGUUUGAACUUCGUCGUCGCGAUAUCUCUUACUGGGACGUGAAGGCACAGCAGUGGGCCGUCACUCCUGGCACUUACAAGGUUUACAUCGGUGCCAGUUCGAGGGAUCUGAAACUCCACGAUACCUUCUCUGUCAAGGUCAAGAACGACUCUUAG